GGUUUGGGAUUAAAAACGAAACUGGUUUGACCUUUGGGAAUAUUAAAGAAAAUGGCGUUAGGGGGAAGUUUAAAUUUAGACAAUUUGUCAGAUCAAACAUUUGAUCUGCUGUGUAGAAUUUGUAAACGGAAAGGCAACAAUUCCGAAGCAGAAAAGUACUGUUUAGAAUGUCAAGAUUAUUUUUGUUUGAAAUGUGUCAAAGUUCAUGAGGAUGUACCGUCGAUAAUGGACCAUAAUAUUCUCGACAAAAGCCAGUUUCCAUCGGACUCGGCUAAGAUAGUUGGUUCAAGGAAGACUUUAUCAGAUAAAUCAAUCGAGAGAUGUGACAAACACAGUCAUAAUGGUAUUGAUAUGUAUUGUCAGAUUCACGACCAAGUUGGGUGUGGCACCUGUAUGACUUUAGCUCAUAGGAACUGCCAAGAUACAUUUUACAUACCAGAAUAUAUUUCGGACACCGGCCUAACAACAUCUAUAAAAGAAGUUGAAGAGAAAUUGGAUUCCGUGUCAAUGUACCUUACAAGACAGCAUGAAAGCAUAAAAAGCGAGCAAGAUCAGCUCUUGGAGAGGAAAAAACUGUUAGUUGACAAUAUCACGAAAUUCAGAAAAGAAAUCAACGACAAGCUGGAUGACCUAGAAAAGGUUACAAUCAGUGAUGCUGAUAAUACUUACAAAUCGCUGACAAAUGAGAUGAAAAAUGCAAUGCGAAUGUUGCAAAAUAUGAAGGAAACUAUUGCAGGUUAUCGAGAAAGGAUUAAAUCAAACAGUAACAACCAAACGACAAGGUUUGUCACCCUGAAAAAAGCUGAAGAUAUUGAUCACACGGCCUCUAAAUUAGAAAUCAAACUUAAAAAAGGUAAAUCGUUCGGAAAUAUCGAGUUUGAAGCUGGUCAAAAGUUAUCAACGCUAUUAAAGGAUAUGAAUAGUUAUGACUUUACAGCCCAGCAGCCAGCACAAAAAUAUCAACACCCACAACAACCUUGUCAGCCCCCACCUCAACAAUAUCAGCCCCCACUAGAACCCAAGCGACCAAGAGAUAAAUCAGCAGGCAAAGGGAUGGUUUGUAAAGCAAUGUACGAUUAUGACGCAGUUGACACGGACGAGGUUGAUAUGCGAGAGGGAGAUUUGAUCGUAUUCUGUAAGCAGUUUGAAGCUGGAUGGUCUGAAGGCACGGUAGAGAGAACCGGAAAGCGUGGAUUUUUACCUUCAAAUUAUGUGGAGAAAAUCAACUAGGCGCUUUUUUAAAUGAAAAUUUAAUCAUUUUUUAAAAUGUGUAUAGAACAUGUAUAUAACUAUGUGUGUUAAGAUAAGUUGUUAACCUAAAGCCUAAGGCGAGUCAGAACCAGAAUUGCAUUAAAGUUGUGAUGGAAAACGUGAUAAUUAUGUUGUUACUACUUAACAGAGCCUUUAUGUUAAAUAAAUUUUUUUAAAGUUUUUUAAAAAUCAAAACUUAAGAUAGAUGCUUUUGAACAGUUUUUUUUUUUUGCUUUUUCUAGAGCAAGACAAAAUAGUGUGAUGUCUUCUUGAAAUCUUCCACAUUGGUAAGACAGUUAUAAAAAUGUUUAAGUACAAAUCUGCAUGGAGAACAAAGUCAGUGCCUGCUCAGGCAAAGAUAUAAUUUUUGGGAGUUUUCGUAAGAUAAUUUUUGGUAUGGGUACAUGUAGUUUCGCAGGAAAAGAAGCCCAGACCAGUCUGCCUAAAGUGUACAUAGCUGUUGCAAUUUCUUUCACAUCCAUAAUUAA